AUGGACGUCAUCAAUUACAGUGGCCUGGGCAAUUGGGGCCUGCCCAAGGACGGGCCCGAAAUCGACCAUGCUGCUGCCUUCCAUCGCUUCGCGGGCAAGAUACGGGAGAAGCUCUUGGCCAACACGCUCCCGGCUCCCACCAAAAAGGGCGUCCAGAAACACUGCAAAGCACUCUUGCCCGAAGCACUGGAGAUUGAUGACCUUGUGAAGCCCCCAGAGGGAAUUCCUGAAAAGGCGAUACGACAAUGGUGGAAGGUCAUCAUGAGCGCUGAGGCCCGAGACGCACUGCUAGACCUGACGCAGAAUCCAACUGAUCCGAUCCAAGAAGCACGCAUAAAGGAGGGAGAGCUGCAGAAGUUGUUCGCCGCCGGGGAAGACACACAGGUCAUGCUUCCGCCUGAGAAACAAUUCAAGAACCUCAGCCCACGCCGCCCCGACCGAGCUGUUGGAUUUGACGCCCGCCACUGGACCGCCCUACAAGAGAACGACCGCGUCAUCCCUCCGGGGAACAAGGACGUUUGUUUCUGCUGGUACUGUGAGGAACUCUGCGGCUAUGAGACCUUCAAGGACCUGGCCAAGUCGGCCUUCCUCCUGCGCCUGGCGCUCCAGCAUUGGUUUUACUGGGCGCAGGUCAACGGCAUCGAGCUGUACGAGACCAGGGAUCGGUACGGGGAAUCGAUUAAGGUCGAGCCGUACCGGCCUAGCGGGAGCCGUGGCGGCGAGGACGAGCAUCAGGAGGAGAAGGCCAAGGAGACGGCGGCGGCAGCAUCCGAACAUUGCAAGGAGGACAGGAAGGGUCCCAUAAGGCGCUCCUCGCAGCGUCCCAAGCAGCACACGCAGCGAUACGACCCCGCGACAGAGGACGAAAAGCAGCCACUCCAAACACAAAAGAGGAAAAGAUCGACAGGCAGUGAGAGAGGCGAGAGGCGACUGCCGGAGGCGAACGACCCACCAGAGAGAAAGAAACAGAAGAGGGAUGGAGGAGGAGGAGGAGGAGGAGGAGGAGGAGAGAAUCUGUUCGGCGGGACGGCAGAGUGUCCUCCCGGAUUGACAUCAACAAGCACCACGUCAGGACGGAGCAGCGACAUCGACGAUCGAUUCUGGCUGCUCUGCCUGAUGAUCACCAACGGCCACGACGUCUUCCCCUUCAUCGGCUGGCGCGAACCCAGGCUGGAGAACCGGGUGGUCUUCGUCAAUCUGCUCGUGAAACCGCUGAGCAUGCUCAAGAGCGGCGACAGGCUGGCGAUGAUGCGUCUCGCGCUCAACUACACGGCGAUUCGAGGGCUUCCUCUCCGCCAGAUCGCCCUCCGGCUGCUGCAGGACCCAACAGUCAAGAUACCGGCCAACUACAUAAAACUCAAACCGACGGGACCCUUCUCCUCGAGCACCUCCGGCGGGAGCGACAACCGGGAUCGGAACCCGCUGAGCUCGGGUUCAAGUCGCGCCAACAAGUCGACCGGCAGGCGAAGCGGACAAGAAGACGGCACGACGAACGCUCCGCAGCCAAGGGGCUGUUCCGGACAAGAAGGGAGGCCGCACGACGCACUGGAGGGACGAAGCAGCAACGAACACCACCCACUUCUUCUGACGCUCAAGGUCGGCUCUCCAUUCGUGAACCCACGAGGGACAACGUGCGUCUACGCCGCGCUGUUUGAUGGCCAAGAGGCCGUGGCCAAGCUGACCGACGAGGCCUCGGCAACACACCUCAUCUACAGCAAUGAGAAACGCCUCUUGCGCCGCCUCGGCGGAAGAUAUCACACGGUCCAGCUCUUGGCUUCAAAGAAGUGUGUCAAGUUCAGCUACAUCAACAAGACGGCAGUGCUCGUAUUCAAACUUGCUCAACCCCAGGUGCGCGAGCUCCUCCUCCUCCUCCUCGCCAGGGACCCUGAGGGGAUCUUCGCCUCCAACGCGCUGAGAAUCGUCGUGGCGCUGCGUGCGUGCGCGCUCGAGUACUGUCAUUCGCUGGGCAUUGUCCACAGCGACGUGAAGCGUGACAACAUGCUCUGGGAUGACCAGCACAACCAAGGCACCCUCAUCGACUUUGGCUUCUCCAAGGACAGACACUCACCCGCGCUACUGCGAGAGUCGUUUCAUGGGACAAAGGACUACAUGCCGCCCGAACACAAGAACUCGCCCGCCGGUGACAUGUGGAGCGCGGGCAUCCUCCUCAGCAAACUGGGUGACGAGGACAGGGAGAGGGCGAGGAAGGUCUGCAAGUGA